AUGUUUGUAUUUCGUGAACGACAAACGGUCGCUCACAUUUACAACGUACCACGGACAAAUAUCAGUUAACAAACUCGUGCUCGCUAUUUCCAUUUAAUUGUGACACAAUUUAUGUUAAUUUAUAUUAAUUUUAUUCAAACUACUUGACCAAUUUUAUAUAAUUGAAAAUGAUAGACGCUUGAAAAUCAACCGUUUUCGUCUAAGUGACUCAUCGCCAGAAUGAGAAUAUAUUCACAUAUAUGGAUAUCCAAUACAUCUUGAAAUGUACCUAAUGACUUGGAUGGUGAUCUGUAAUUUGAAGAGAAUGGACUGAAGAGGACUCGAAUUGUGAGUCAAAACGUUUGCGUAUUAAUGUAAAGUUGCGUCAACUAGCGUCGAAUAAACGCCAUUUACCAACGUGUCUAAAUAUACGUCAAAGAUAUUAAGAAAACUCAAUUUGCAAGAAAGUGAAAAUAACGAGAAUGGAAGAUAAAAGUCUGAGUGAGGUACUUACGGUAAAAGAUCCGGCAAAAAUAACAAAAUCGAAUGAACCGUCUGAUGUUGAACCGUUAAAACUGAAGGUGUAUAAAAAGAGAUGGCUAAUACUCAUCAUCUAUAUGAUUUAUAAUGGAACGAAUUCUUCUCAAUGGAUAGAAUAUUCGAUUAUAAGCAAUAUAGUUACUAGGUAUUAUGGAGUGUCUUCGUUAAUGGUUGACUGGACUUCGAUGUCAUUUUUGGUGAUUUAUAUGGUGUUUGUAUUCCCAGCAUCGUACGUGACAGACAAGUACGGUUUGCGAUGGAGCGCUAUUAUAGGCGCCGCUUUAAAUUGUAUAGGUUCCUGGAUAAAAAUCUUUUCCGUCCACCCCGACAUGUUUUACGUCGCUUUUAUCGGUCACUCGAUAGUCGCGCUCGCGCAGACAUUAGUCCUGCCGAUUCCGGGCCGCUUGGCCGCGCAAUGGUUUCCUUCUACCGAACAUUCAACCGCCACGUCUUUGGGUAUUUUUGGCAAUCAAUUGGGAGUAUCGUUGGGUUUUCUCUCAGGGCCUAUGAUAGUGAAGAAUCACGAUAGUCUGGAUGAUAUCGGCAAAGAUCUGACACGAUUAUGCUGGAUCAUUGCAAUCAUCGGCUCGAUUGUAUUCGGUCUGGUUCUUAUACUAUUUCAGAAUGAACCGAAACUACCGCCGAGCGAGACGCGGGCGCUGCAAAAAUUAAAUCGGGCGAAGAAAAGAGAGGAGUUUAUGGCGCCCAUUAAAAGGCUCUGCAGGAACAAAAACUACAUUAUGCUCUGUAACUGUUACGGUUUAAAUGUCGGAGUACUGAAUGCCGUGUCUACAUUACUCAAUCAGAUAUUCCUCGCACACUUCGAGAAUGGAGAAGAAGACGCAGGCAGAAUUGGCUUAGCUAUAAUUCUGACUGGCAUGGCAGGAUCCGUUAGUUUCGGUAUCAUCCUUGAUAAGACGCACAAAUUCAAAGAAACUGCCGUGACUGUAUAUUUUCUUACAUUUGUUGGUCAAGUAUUAUUCGCGGUGUCUAUUUGCAUGGGUAUAAAAUGGAUGGUAUACGUGUCGGCGAUUUUCUUAGGGUUUUUUAUGUCGGGAUAUCUGACAUUGGGAUACGACUUGUGCACUGAAUUUACGUAUCCAGAAUCGGAGAAUAUACCUGCGGGAUUUCUCUUCAUAACAGCCUCUAUUUACGGCAUUAUACUCAUUAUAAUAUUUGGAAUAAUACUAAACGCAUAUGGCGAUAUUCCGGUGCACAUCGGUUUUUGCUUGACUUUGCUGCUAGGUGCUAUCUUGACCGCAAUAACGAAAGACGAGCAAAGACGACAAGAUGCGAGGAAGAAAGCUCAGUACGAAGGAAUUGCGAAAAUGGAGAAAAACGUCGACGGUGUUCCAGAAACUACUCAACUAACUAAUAGCGUUAAUUAAUAGACACAUUGCAAAUGAUAGGGGAGAGUAGAUUAAGUCGGUCCGUGUUUCAAAUAUAACCUUUUUAAUUUAAAUGAAUACGGUUAAGCAGAUUUGCGUGUCAUUUAUAAUGUAAAGUUUUUAUAAGACACCGAACAUGAAAGUAAUUUUAAAGUUAUGUUAUACUACAGCAUUUGAAUUUAAUAAAAAUUGUGAUAAAACUAA